CCAAGGCCGCCCAAAACGCACUAACAUGUCAUGGUAUGCUCGAAUGUCUGAAGAAAAUAAAGCUGAGUAUCUACAGAGACAGCGUAUAGCCCACCAACAAAAGAUAGAUGCGGCAAGGAGUGGACUCGACGGGUCUCAACCACCAGCUACUUAUAUACCGAGUUCACCGCAUACCCCAAUGAGCAACGUGACUCAAACGCCAUGCUGCGAGUCAGCUAUGGGGCAUGUGUCCACAUCUGCAAAUUUUCAUGGGCAAGAGAGUUUUGUAGCAAAAAGUGCAGAUCCUGAUAAGAGACGGCAUCAACGCAGGGAAAAAUACUCGCUCAUGAUGGAUGAACAGAGGGAAGAAUAUUUGCGCAAUAACCGCAAGUAUAAGCAUUGCAGAAGGGAAAGCGGGACACUGUUUGACCACAACGAUACUAUACAUGUCAAAAAUAGCUCCGCAUCUAGCCCACGAACCAAUGCUGCCAUGCACGCACAAUCAUCUGAGCCAGAUCCAGGUGAGACAAACAUUACCGAUGAAUCUGAUCCUCCGGGGAUUUUUGAACCAGUUGAACAAGAUGCUAGGUUCGAAGGUAAAAUAGCAUGGCGAUUGUGCACAUUUUUAUAA